ACGGAGACGACGACAGUACAAAACGGAGACCGAGACCGUCGAGAUUCUCGUCUCUUUUAAAAGCGUCGUUUGCAGUUUGCAAAGGUUCACAUAAAAUUCACGCGGAUAUCGGCAUUUCCAUCCAAGAAUAACCAUCUCAUCAACUACUGAUCAACCCGCGAGUGCAUAAAUGAUAGAGUAACGGAAUUUGAAUUAAGCGGAUAAGACAAAAAAGAAUUAUUUAAAACGGAGUUUGAUAAUUUCGAUAAAAAUGUGCCGAAAAAUGGACGAAAUUAAGUUCAAGCUCAAGUGAGGCUUGCAACGUACAGGACUUUUGUUAUUCCUAAGAUAGAAGAGUAAGAAGAAUAAGAAGCAAGGAUAAAGAAGAAAAAGGUUGACUUUGUGAAGGGUAGAUAUACAUAAAUUACGCUGGAGAAAAUUUUUCUUUACAAAUUUCUCUAACUCACAGCCGCUUAAAUGAUAAAUUACCGUGAGAAAAGAAGAAGAGGUUUUUUUGAAGAACAAUCUAGAAGAAAUGGUGCAGAGCUGUGGAUCGGAGAGCUUCCCGUCGGCCCCAGGAGUGGCCCAGGGGUUACCCUGGGGAGCCGAUAACGCGAGCCCUGAACGAAGGUGGCUCGUAGCUGAAUGAGGCAGACGCUAUGAACGCCAGCGUCAACGUCGAGAGGAACUCCUGGCGGCUACCUCCCGACGAGACCGUCCAGGUCGCCGAUCCCCGGUCAAAGUCUGCCCAGGUAAAAGAGGACCUGACUUACGCCGAGGGCGGGCACAACUGGAGGAGCAUCGUUUUCUCUCUGCUGGUUAUCGGCUUCGUCAUAGCAGGCAUCGUAACCGCCAUUUACCUCCUCGGGUACGUUGACGAACUUCUUUACUGGAGCGGGAAGCGUUUGACACUAGAAGAGUGCCUGCGCGGUGAUUUGACGCCACACCGUCUACCGCCAGCCUGGUUGUCGCACGACAAGUUUGUCUUCCAAGCGGACGACGGUUCCCUGGCGCUUCUGGACACCUCAAACAACUCCGUGUCGCUAUUGGUCUCGAAUCACACCCUCAGGCAGCUCAAUGUUCAAGGCUACCAGUGCAGCUCUGACCUUCGUUAUGUGCUGUUCAAGCACAAUGUCAAACCGGUCUUUCGACACAGCUUCACCGCACAUUACACCGUUUACGACGUCACCAACGACCACCACACGCCUUUACGUCUCAACACGUCGCCAAGAGUGCAGCAAACGAGGUUGCAGUUCGCGGCUUGGCUCGGUAACACGACAUCAUUGUUGAUGAUAUCGGACAACGACAUAUACUUAAGAGCGACGCCGUCGGCGGGCGAGGACACGCGUCUGACGGACACUGGGAUACCCGGUGUUGUUUACAACGGAGUUCCGGACUGGCUCUACCAGGAGGAGGUGCUGCCGAGGUCAGAAGUCGUCUGGCCGAGUCCGAGUGGGUCCCACAUCCUCUUCGCAUCGUUCAACGAUACCAGGGUAUCGGCCUUCCAAUUUCCCUGGUUUGGAACUCCCGUUGGUCAGGACGGUGCUGACGCUGGCCCCCUCUCGUCGUCCAGACAAAGGACUUUCCCCCCCUCGAGGUCUGUCCGAUAUCCCACGCCUGGAUCGCCCAAUCCUGAAGUCGACCUCUGGCUCGUCGACCUCGCCAACGCAACUGCCAUGAACGGUACCAACACCACAGUCGCCAGAACGAGGCUGAAACCUCCGCCGAUCUUUGACGGACAGGAAUACUACCUUAUAUCGGCUGGCUGGGUCGGGAACGACGCGACGCAAAUAUCUGUGGUGUGGAUGACGCGAUCCCAGAAUCUCUCAGUAGUGUCGGGAUGUCAUGCACCGAGUUGGAACUGCGAGGAGACGCACUCAGAGCGAGCGCCAGAAGGGCAGUGGUUAGACGCUCAACCACAUCCGGUUUUCGCCCCGGAUGGUGACAGCUUCCUGCUUCUAGCCGCUGUCCAGGAGGGUAGUCAGGAACACUUCACACACAUUAAACACGUGACUCUGACCCAGCAGAGGAUAGCCGUUAUAUCCCACGGCCGUUACGAGGUCAGCAAAAUCCUCGCCUGGGACACUCAGGCUCAUCUUGUCUACUACUUGGGAACGCGUGAGCGGCGGCCAGGUCAGAGGCAUCUUUACGUUGUUCAGGACCCGACAACGGAAGAACCGAGGCGGCUGGAACCGCUUUGCGUAACAUGCGAUCUCGGUGGUGUUUUGUGGAGCAGUAGACUUUACUACACCAACUGCACACACUUCGGAGGCUCCGUUAGCCCAUUCUCAGAGAGCGGUGGCCAGGGGUUUUACGUCCUGCACUGCGAGGGUCCCGGGCUUCCAUUGGCCGGUGUUCACUCGGUCAUAACCCACAAAAUGGUCAGGGUGCUUUACGACACCAGGGUACAACGGGCAGAUAAGCUAUCACAACUCGCACUGCCGACACGUAAGAGUUUCGAGAUCCCACUUCCCCAAGGCUGGAAAGCGCAGGUCCAGUUGCUGCUGCCUCCAUCAUGGCGAGAGGAGCUUCGGGACGCAGCAUUUCCUGUGUUGGUGGAAGUGAAUGGUCGACCAGGUAGCGAGGCAGUGACCGAUAGGUUCGGUAUAGACUGGGGGACGUACAUGUCCAGCCACAACGACGUGGUCUACGUUAGACUCGAUGUCCGAGGUGCCAGGGGUCAAGGAAAGCGAGCUUUAUUCAGGAGGAUCGGUGGCGUUGAGGUCCAGGACCAGCUCACCGUCCUCAGGCACCUUCUCGACACCUUCAAGUACCUCGAUGAGACCAGAGUCGGAGUCUGGGGCUGGGGUUAUGGCGGAUAUGUCACUGCCAUGGUCCUUGGUAGCCAGCAAAACGUGUUCAAAUGCGGAGUCGCGGUCAGCCCUAUAGCCGACUGGCUCUACUACAAUUCCGCCUUUACGGAACGAGUCCUUGGCGCACCUUCCGAAAAUUACAAAGGUUACGUCGAGGCUGAUCUCACUCAGAGGGCCCGACUGGUCCCGAGUCACAGUCUCUACCUUCUCCAUGGUUUGGCUGACCUCACUGCUCCUUACACACACGGCGUUGCAUUUGCUAAAGCUUUGGCAGAGGCUGGAGUGAUCUUCAGGUAUCAGAGUUACGCGGACGAGGAUCACGAGUUGACUGGAGUAAUCGAGCACGCCUACCGUUCCAUGGAGGACUUUCUCGCCGAGUGCCUCACCCUCGAGCCCUCCUAGUGCCUGAGGUUAAUUUCCCUCUUUACCACGGUGGCGAACGAAGAAAAGGCCUACCUAUCUACCUAAGUCAUAGAGCUGUAUUAGCCAAAUACCCGGAGGCUAAUAGUUAGCAUAUACAUGUAUGUAUAUAUAUAUCUAUACAGCUGCGAAUGGAGCAACGACAAAAAGAAAAAAUAAGUGAGAGAGAAAAUAUUUCUUUCUUUUUUAAAAAAAUACUUUUUCCAUUCUUUCUCUCUUUCUAUCUCUCCCGCUCCGGCACUAAACUAUCGACCCUCCACGACCCGUCGACGAUUUUCAUUCAUAAUGGUAAAUUCCCCGGAAAUUAAACUAAUUGUUGAACGGAAGAGAAUAGGAAAUAUGAAUUUGCGAGUGAAUAUUAAAAUGAACGAUCUUAACGAUCGAUUUAACCACUCUAUACAUGAUAAAUAAUUCAUUAGAUUGUUCUUACGAGAUAACAAAUUAUUAUAUGAUAAAAUUGCGAAUAUUUCCAUUUCACAUUAUUUGUAUCCUCGAGGCACAUUAUAGUAUGGCAAUUCGUAUAUACGUACAUAUAUACAUUAAAUUGUAUAUAUCUAUAUAUAUAUGUAUAUACGGGUUUGUAUAAUAUCUGUAAGGCCGAAUCGGCAUUCGUAUUAUAUAGAUAUACCUUACAUGUAAUUAUUAAACUUGAAAGCUGUUAUUCACUGAAUCGACAUUUCUGCCCCAUCCUUUUCCCGCAGCUCACAAUUAUCCCCGACAUGUAUAAUAUACGUCUGAAUUUUAAGCGAAGCAAAAGGAAAAAACAAGGCAGGUAGCAAAGAAAGAUGAAGUUUAAAACAAGGAAAAAUUUCUCAUCGGUCGGCGUCGUCAAUUUUACCUUCGUAUAAAAAUUAAAAAUCCUCAGCUCCUCUACCUGGUCAUUAUCGUUAUGAUUACUGUUAUUAUUAUUACUAUUAUUAUUAGUAUUAUCAUUAUAUAGGUAUAAUAUAAGAAAAACUGUGUUGUAUAGCUUCGCGCCUACAUAGUCUGUAUAUGUACAGUAAUGUUAUAUAUUAUUAUUAUUGUAAUAAAAAUUCCACGUAGGGUUUAAUGCAUAUUGUAUAAAUAAUUGUAAAAAAACAACGGGAAAACAACAUGAAGAAAAAAAAAAAAAAACACAAGACAAAAAAUAACUAAUAUUAAAACAAUACGCAUAAUAUCUAUAUGUUUUUGUAUACGUAUAUACUACGCAUGUAUAUAUAUGCGUAGUAUAUACAUAUAUAUAAAUACAUACAGGGUACCUGUAAAUUCUUAUUUUUAUUUUCCCUAAAUUCAUCUUUUCGAAGAAGAAAACGAACUUACACGUGAAUGUAAGAUUUAUAUUAUUUUAAACUUUACAUAAACCUUUGACUGCAUCCGUUCGUUUGAUUUCAGUUUCUUCGUUUAGUUUUACAAUGUCCACACUCGUGUAACUUGUCAUGAUUUUUUUUUCUCGACACUUGUAUUCUAAUUUCCGUUAUUUCUGCUGAUUCUUCUUUUUUUUUUUUUACUGCUAGUUUUUCCGUCUCCGAAACUUGGGAUACCCUGUAUACAAUUUUGAGAAUUAUCACGCUAUGAAAAACAGUUUUCUCUACCCUCAGGAACUCCCCUGGAUAUAUGUGAAUAGUGAAAUCUUGGCCUCCCUUACACCCUGCUUCCCUUUGUCUUUAUCGAGUUUGCGAUAACCGCUGGAUUGAAUCUGAGUGAAUAAACGUCUUGAAGACGUCUUCGAUACUGAUUUUUGAUUAGAAAAAAUUUUUUCUUUCAAUAUUUUUAUCCCUGCUCUGCCAUCUUUGUCAGAAUGACUUUCAAAUCUUAUUCUUCGCGUAUCUUUGCAUUAAUAUAUUACUCUUUUUUCUUCAGCCAGUAAAGUUUUUCGUCAUUGGUAUUACAAAAAUUUUCGUUCAUCUUUAACGUUUCAAGACGUCUUACUUAAACCCCGAAAAAAUAUGUCUUCUGAACGAUUGUUAUUCAUCAUCAUCGAUGAUAUUGUAUGUAUUUUUUCUUUGUUCCAUUUUUCGGGACAAGAUAAAAGAAAAAACUUUCAAAAUGGAACGUUUUGAUUAUUUUUUAAAAUUCUUUCUCCGUCUUCAUAUUUUCAAAAUCCGUUUUUUCGACUUUUCAACCUUCUUCUUUUCUGUGGUUUCCGUAAUUCCUCACGUUCUUCUCGUGUAUGAUUCACUUUAAACAUUUACCAGAUUAUAUUCUGCGUUUCUUUAUUACCCCUCAAGGUUCGAUCUUCUUUCAAUUUUGCGAUUUUUGUUUUUUCAUCUUCUCUUUCGGGCGGAUUAAACGGCGACGCCACGCUAUAACGCUGCUUUCGUAAUAUAUAAUAAUUGUAUAAACACAUAUUAAUUAAAAUUAUAAGCAGCCUCUACAUAAUUAUGCCGACAAUCAAGGCUAGUGCAACUAAUCAAACAAUAAAUAAGAACUAGCUGAGGAGAAUUAAAUUUAAAAAACAUACUAAAUUAAAUAGAAAAUAUUGAAUAAACUUGACGAGAGAAAGAGAUAUACAUAUAUAUAUAUAUAAUUUAUAUGUAUAAAAAAAAAAUAUAUAUAUAUAUAUACUACAGCAGUUAUAUAUUCUUGUCAAGAGUCACAUUAUUACAAUAUUUAAAUUGAUUGAGAUCCAUGUAUUAUUGAUUGUUCACGAAUUGUUGUGUCUAGAUUAAUGAAAAUUUUCGAAUUUGUUUCUUUACUUCUUGUUUCGGCUGUUUGUCAUGAAACGUGUUUAUAGUACUUAAAAAUAUCAUGUCUGUCGUGAGUGGCGAACGAAUCGGGGUUAGAAAAAGGAAAAAAAAUAUUGGAAAGAAAAUUGCAUACCUAGUUGAAAAAAAAAAAAAAUCAACCACAAUACUAAGAAGAAAUUAAUAAAA